GCAAAGGCACAGGCAGUCUCCAGCACCAGUAAUAUCACUCACUGAAAGACUUUCCAAGACAAACUUCAUCUCUUCUGCCUGGUGCAAGCUGAGCCACUGAAAGCCAUUAUUUCUAGAAAAUCACACUGUCCUCCUAAGGGUCCCUUUGAUUUUGUGCCCGUGGAAGGCAACAGCCAAAGAAAAACACAUGCACGGUAAUAUAUAGGUUUCAGUUGUAGUCUGAGUUGAGGGAACAUGUAUCCCAAUUCUCUUCCUCAUCUUUCAGAUCUAGGCAGACCCUGACCUCUCAGUGGCACAGUUCAGAGCCUGGCCCUCCGCAGACAAUAAACGUCUGUGCCAAGUGAGAACAACUUGCUGGGGCAGGUCGGAGUCAAUCCUGCAUCCCUCCCUCCCUUUUUUCCUCCCCAUUUGACCUUUGGGGCUCUAGUUUCCUGCAAGUAGUGAAUUAUUCAUGUUUGCACAUAGAUAUCAAAUUGGCCCUUCCCAGGUUGCCAGCAGGGUGGGGCAGGUAGGUGGCUUUGUUCAGAGUCUGUAAAUAGGAGGAGCAACCUCCUUGUUGAAACAGCACUUACAGGUGGGUGACUGUUUUUGCUAAGUCAUCCUGGGGAUGCUCAAAGCCCCAUUGUGAAAUCCUUCCUGUCCGGCCAGGCUCCUCCUUCCUCCCCACCCCUUUAACAGACCCUUAAGCGGGCUCACACCAUUCUGCAGGUCUCAGUCUGCACCUUCACCAUGGCUUACAUAGCCAAGUCUUUCUACGACCUCAGCGCUAUCAGCCUGGAUGGGGAGAAGGUAGAUUUCAAUACGUUCCGAGGCAGGGCAGUGCUGAUUGAGAAUGUGGCCUCGCUCUGAGGCACAACCACUCGGGACUUCACCCAGCUCAACGAGCUGCAAUGCCGCUUUCCCAGGCGCCUGGUGGUUCUUGGCUUCCCUUGCAAUCAAUUUGGACAUCAGGAGAACUGUCAGAAUGAGGAGAUCCUGAACAGUCUCAAGUAUGUGCGCCCUGGGGGUGGAUUCCAGCCCACCUUUACCCUUGUCCAAAAGUGUGAGGUGAAUGGUCAGAACGAGCAUCCCGUCUUCGCCUACCUGAAGGACAAGCUCCCCUACCCGUAUGAUGACCCAUUUUCCCUCAUGACCGAUCCCAAGUUCAUCAUUUGGAGCCCGGUACGCCGCUCAGAUGUGGCCUGGAACUUUGAGAAGUUCCUUAUUGGGCCGGAAGGGGAGCCCUUCCGCCGCUACAGUCGCACCUUCCCUACCAUCAACAUUGAGCCUGACAUCAAGCGCCUCCUCAAAGUUGCCAUAUAGACACAAGCUUCUCAGCACACAGACCUAUUCCAUCCAGCCCUUAGGUAUCUUUCCUUAGGAUUCAGAAUGCCCUCAGGAGAUACUGCUGGACCAAAGCUUUCCCUUGGGAUCAGCCCCUUUCAUUGAAGAGCCUUGCCUUUCCGGUCAGCCUAUCUCCCUUCCCUCCCCCCAAUCUUCUGGUUGGUGAUUCUACUUGGAGCUCAAGACUUGGGUGGAUCUGGGCCUUCACAGAAUGAUGGCAUCUUCCUAAACUGUAUGGGCGGUGUCUGAGGAGUGUGAAGGGCUCGGAGCCAGCCUGCUAGAUGAGUCCAAUAAAGGGCAGGUGUGGAAA